GCAGCGAUGAGGCUCCGCGUGGGGAGGAGGCGGGCCUGGACUGGUUACCUGGUAACCACAAACACUGUGUUGAUAAGAUGGCAAUGCGGAAGGGCUUGACCUCUGAAGCUAGAAAAAAGUUGGUGAUCACCUCAGUUGCCUUUCAAGACCACAUCACACGCAGCCUGUUGCAUCCACAUUUCUCACUUUCUGACCCUUUGCUGAGAUGCAAAAGAACAACACCCAGAAAAAGAGUGGAGGAAACGGGUCUGCAGACCCAAGAUCAGCAGGAGGAGAGAGAAUAUGUGCUCGAUUCUGCCUCGCCUCCUUUGACAUUGGCUCAGAAGUUGGGGUUGGUGGCCUCCCCUGCAGGGAGACUGACGGAGGACGAAUGGACUCGGGUCAAGGCGAGGUCUUUUCAGCAGGGGGACUCAACUCAGCCCUGUGCGAUAUGCAGGGAGGAGUUUUGCCUUCAGCCUCAGGUGUUGCUGUCUUGUUCUCAUGUUUUCCAUAGAGCAUGUUUGCAGGCCUUUGAGAGGUUUUCUGGGAGGAAGUGCUGCCCGCUGUGCAGAAAGGAGCAGUAUGAGACACGGGUGAUUCACGAUGCAGCUCGCGUCUUCAGACACCAAUGUGCUAUUAGAAUUCAAGCGUGCUGGCGGGGCUAUGUUGUCCGAAAAAGGCACAGAACAUUGAGAAACUCCAUCUGCCCAAAAGACAAACGGCUGCGACGGAAAUUCUUCGAAGCAAAGUUGCAGGAGUUGAAUGACAGCUUUGUCCGAUACUGUCACACCGACACGGAGGCUUUUCUGAGUGAUAUCAACCGCUCCCUGUCAUCAAGCAGACGAGUGUUCCAGCAGCUGGAGAGAAAGCACGUCUCCGAACCUCAGGAGAGCGACUGGGACCGAAUACAGAGCCAGGUAAUCCAGAGAGGUGUCUGGGACUGCACCAUCUGCCUGACUGCAGUGUUCAGCCCAAGCCCCCCAACAGAAGCAGGUACAUCCAGCCAUCGACAACACAAGCGCACCGUGCUUCUGUCCUGUUCCCACCUCUUCCAUCACCUCUGUCUAGAGGCCUUUGAGGCCUUUUCUAUAGAGAGCAGACCUUCCUGCCCUCUGUGCAGAUCUCUCUACCACAAAAAACUCAUCUUACCGGCAUCAAGUAAAAGACUGAGUUACAGCGAGGCAGAGAUGCUGAGUGAGGUUUCUGGCAGGCAGGAAGGCCCGGAGUAAUUCAACGUAUCCUCUCCAACCUUCACCACAGUCAAAAAAUUACGUCAUCCACACAUAUGCUAAACACCAUGCUGAGACAACAGAGGCACCGGCA